ACUUCUCUUCUAGUACUUCUUGCUGGGAACCUGGCGUGAUGCGCUCUCAAAUUGUUCGCCACCUAGUAUUCGGCCUCCUCGCGACCUUGACUGUCUGCAAUGCUGCUCCCCCCGCUGCCGACCGUUUGGACUUGCGGGACAUGGCUCUCAGUCCUCGCGCAGACAUGAUCGGUGUGAACAGCGGAGAAACAGGCAGCCUUCUUGUCACUGGCCAACGUGCCUCUGUCGCACCCGUUACCAACUGUACCAAUGAACAAUGUGCUCACAAUGCUACGGCGGUCAUAAACGCUGAAAUCAAUGGCGCGACUGCUCUUGGUCUUUGGACAUGCUCGGCUAUCGCGCUCGCUGCGGCUGGAAGUGUGCUCGUCUUCUUUGCCUGAUUUAGGCCCAAAUUCCCUUGCGCUGCGUGCAGAGGCUCUGCCUUUGGCGUUAGCAUGCCAUUCGUUAAAAUCCUACCAUGCAUCGUAGGCUGGCCCGCUGGUCAUGGUUUGUCGACACUCCGCCGUAUCUUACUGUAUUAAUUUUCUGCUUGGGCUCAAGCUGUAGCGAUAGCACUGAAAGUUUGCACUCCUUGUAAUGUUCAUCUCUACACGCAUCAGACGUUUAUUAGAAUCUAAAAUUCUGCCAAGGGGUUCCGCAGAAUACCUAGACUACUGGAGGAACGAGAAGAGCUCAGUAGAGUUCGC